GGCUGGUGGGAGCCGGCUGCGUGUUGCUGUUGGGCUCCGGCUUCUCCUGACUCACGCCCUGAUGCGCUGAAUCGAUCUGGAAGCGGGACGUUGCCGAAGUGCAUAGCCCAGCGUCAUGGCUUAGCAGGGACACCUUUGAACUGUAAUUUUUCACCUUCCCCGUAAAAAGAAUUCCUCUCCCGCGAGACGAAAAUACUCCGAGUGCUCUUGAUUCGCUUUCAGACUUUUAAGCCGCUGCCGUAUUCAUUUCUGACUGGCUUAAAUUUUGUUCUGAAGCAUGUGACUUCUUCCAGUGUUCGCGGCUGAAAAGCUGAAACCUUCCAUUUCAGAGCAAACGUUUUUAGUUGAGUUAAACCAGGGAAUGAUUUGAAGAUGAUAGAUUGUUUCUCCUUGAUGGUCUUUGUGCAGUCAGAAAGCGUAAUUCCUACUUUGUGUGAUGGGGGCCAGCUAUAGCACAAAAGUCAGAUGUUGUUUGAAAGUUGAAGGAAUGAACACACUGUUGUCUUCUCAUGUCACGUCUCUAUUUUCUACAACUGAAAUGACUUAUUAAACCUGGAAGCUUCUGAGCAAGAGAAAACUAAAAUACCCGAUAUGGCCUCAUCAUCAACACCUAAAUAUAAUUCAAACUCCUUGGAGAGUUCCUCCAGUAAAAGGACUCUAAAAGAUGGAACUAACUGGGAACAAAAUGAAGAAAUACCUCGUCUGCCAGGAGAGACUAGAGUGACAGACAAGGAUGUUAUUUAUAUGUGUCCAUUUAAUGGCCCCGUUAAAGGAAGAGUGUACAUCACAAACUACAGGCUGUACCUAAGAAGUGUGGAAAAUGACCCAGUUCUGGUAUUGAAUGUUCCAUUGGGCGUAAUUUCAAGGAUUGAAAAAAUGGGAGGAGCUUCAAGCAGAGGAGAGAACUCUUAUGGAUUAGAUAUAACCUGUAAAGAUAUGAGAAAUUUACGGUUUGCAUUAAAACAAGAAGGGCACAGUAGAAGAGAUAUAUUUGAAGUUCUUACAAAAUAUGCUUUUCCCCAGUCACAUAACUUGCUUUUUUUUGCAUUUGCAAAUGAAGAAAAGUUUUCUGAAAAUGGAUGGAUGGUGUACAAUCCAAUGUCCGAAUACAGGAGACAAGGACUGCCUAAUGAACGGUGGCGAGUAACUUUUAUUAAUGAACAUUAUGGACUGUGUGACACAUAUCCAUCGCUUUUAGUAGUGCCAUAUAAUGCAACAGAUGAUGAUCUCAAGAAAGUUGCUGCCUUUAGGUCCCGAAAUAGAAUCCCGGUUCUGUCAUGGAUUCAUCCAGAGACUCAAGCUGUUAUUAUGCGCUGCAGUCAACCCCUUGUUGGAAUGGGUGGCAAGCGGAAUAAAGAUGAUGAAAGAUAUCUUGAUAUCAUCAGGGAGGCUAAUGGGCAAAUCUCAAAACUGACCAUCUAUGAUGCUAGGCCCAAUGUCAAUGCAGUCGCAAACAAGGCAACUGGGGGAGGAUAUGAAGGUGAAGAUGCGUAUCCCAAUGCAGAACUUUUCUUCUUGGACAUUCAUAACAUUCAUGUCAUGCGGGAAUCUUUGAAGAAGUUGAAGGACAUUGUUUAUCCUAAUGUGGAAGAAUCACACUGGUUGUCAAGUCUGGAAUCAACCCAUUGGUUAGAACAUAUAAAGCUUGUCUUGACAGGAGCUAUUCAAGUGGCAGACAAGGUAUCCUCAGGAAGGAGCUCUGUGGUGGUUCACUGCAGCGAUGGCUGGGACCGGACAGCACAGCUAACAUCGCUGGCCAUGUUGAUGCUAGACAGCUACUACAGGACAGUUGAAGGCUUUGAAGUUCUGGUGCAAAAAGAGUGGAUAAGCUUUGGACACAAAUUUGCCUCGAGAAUAGGCCAUGGUGAUAAAAAUCAUGCUGAUGCAGACAGAUCACCCAUCUUUCUCCAGUUUAUUGAUUGUGUGUGGCAGAUGUCUAAACAGUUUCCUACAGCCUUUGAAUUCAAUGAGCAGUUCUUGAUUACAAUCCUGGAUCACUUGUACAGCUGCCGGUUUGGUACUUUCUUGUAUAACAGUGAGUCUGUUAGAGAAAAAGAGAAAGUGACUGAGAAAACAUUAUCAUUAUGGUCUUUAAUAAACAGUGAAAAAUCUAAAUACACCAAUCCUUUUUAUACUAAAGAGCUAAAUCGAGCGCUCUAUCCGGUAGCCAGUAUGCGUCAUUUAGAGCUCUGGGUCAAUUACUACAUCAGGUGGAACCCAAGAAUUCGGCAACAACAGCCAAAUCCAGUGGAGCAGCGUUACAUGGAGCUCCUUGCGUUACGUGAUGAUUAUAUAAGGAGACUUGAAGAACUACAGAUCACAAAUAAUUCUAAGAUACCCAAUUCAUCAGCCUCAUCAGCAUCUCCCUCACAAAUGAUGUCCCAAGUACAAACACAUUUUUGAAGAAAAUGUUGGCUUCGUUCUAUACUGUUAAUAGCAAGUGGUGCUUAACAUAGCAUAGAGAGGAAUAUUUUAAUGCCUUACAUUAGACUGUCCUAACACAAAUUAUUUUAGACUGCCUUCAUUUGAGGAGGACUUCAAAACAAACAAAACCAACUCUUCAAUUACGUGCCUUUCAGAACCUGUGGACUGGGAACAUUAUUAAUCAUCUUCUAGUUAUGGAGGGCUUUAAGAGUGAUUUUGGAAAGUCUGGUACAAUUGAAAUGAAAUGGAUUUAUUGUUUUCAUAAGAAUGCUUUAAUUUAUUACAUUGUAGGUCAUGUUCCUGUAAGGAAAUUCAUGCUCAGUCUUACAUGUUGUGAAUAAGUGCAUUAAUGGCAAUAGGAAUAUUCACAUUGUGUAAAAAAAUUAGAUAUGUGUGUAUUCCCAUUAGGAAUACGUUUGUGGAAAUAAAUUCUAUUGUCAGAUUUCAGAGAAAAGUGUUGAAAUUUUCCAGUUACCUGAGAAUUCCAAAUUUUCCUUUUUUGAAAUAAAACUAUGGAAGGGAUUUCAGUGAUAUGCU